GGACAGGGCCAGCACUGUCACCUAACCCGGGUACAGGUUAUCCCUGCUCUUGUGUAACCUGUUGCAUAAAGGUAGGGCGGACAGGGGUGCUGCCAGCAGUGGGGGCUAUAAAGGUGGGUGCAGCCUCUCCUCUCCACAUCCACCCCAGAGCGAGGAUGACGGUGGCACUGCCCGGCCUGGCGCUGGCCCUGCUCUGCCUGCUGCGGGCAGGGGCCGAGGUCCCCGUGCAGCCAGACUUCGACGCCGACAAGUUUGCAGGGAUGUGGUAUGUCACAGCCGCGGCUUCCAACUGCUCCAUCUUCCUAAAGAUGAAGGACGGGAUGAAGUCGUCCAUCACCACCAUCAGCUUCACACCAGAGGGGGACCUGGCCAUGAAGCUGGUCUGGCCCCUGUUGGACCAAUGCCAAAAGUUUGAGCUGCUCUUCCAGCAGAGCAGGCAGGCGGGACGCUACACGGCAGAUCAAGAGAAGAGGGACAUGCUGGUGAUGGAGACAGACUACAGCCACUAUGCCAUCGUGCACGAGGUCCAUCACAGCGAGACGGAGCCCAGCACUGCCCUGCAGCUCCUCAGUGGGUGUCAGAGCGGGGACGGGCACCCACAGCUCCCAGCAGGGAUGGGGGCACCGAUGGGGAGUGGGGGCUGGGCUCUCCACUACCACCCAGGGCCACCAUCAGUACCCAAUGUCCAGCACCCAGAGAAUUAAUUUUGGGGUGAAUGAAACCUUUCACCAAAGAUAUCUCUGGUUGGCUGUUGGUUUAACCAGACCUCCUUGCAGUGUGCCAGCCCAGCUGUGGACCCCCAACCCUGUCAGCCACCCCAUAGCACCCCAGGCAGAUGGGCCACUCAUCCCAAGGGGCUUGAGCCCCUUUGCUUCCAGCCCAGGGCACUGUGGGUUGCCUGAUGUCCACCCUGCACCUUCGUGGUUUCACCUUCCCUUGGGUCCAAUCACUGCCCUGUGGUAGCUGGACCCCUGGGGUGGGUUGGCUGCCAGGACCCCCUGCACUCACCAGCCCC